GGGUGUGACUCUGACACACACUGUAUCAUACCGUCCAGGUGCGACAGUGUUUAUAAAGCAGCUGCUUGGCAGCAACACACAGUUUAUUACAGAUAACAGAGCUGAUAGCAGACCGACCACCAGACUUUUUCAUAGGAGAAACGCAACAUGAGAAUUGUUUUAAUUCUAGCUGCCAUAGCUGCAGUAUCACAGGCCCAGACCGACUGCUCUCGUGGGGCUUGUUACCCACCCAGCCAUGACUUGCUCAUGGGAAGAGGUCACCGGCUCCAUGCCUCCUCAACCUGCGGCCUCACAGGCUCCGAGAUCUACUGCACCCCGUACCAACAGGUGAGGAUGAAGUGUUGUCCAUGUGACUCCAGGAACCCAGACGGUCCGCUGGCCCACACUGUCCGGGACGCCUUGUCCACUUCUGGACCAGAUAGAUGGUGGCAGUCCAAGAAAGAUGUGAAUCCAGUCACUCUCCAGCUGGACCUCGACGACCUGUUCCAGCUCGACAACGUGGUGCUCAGCUUCAAGGGUCCUCGUCCCAGUGCCUUCGUUAUAGAGAGGACACUAGAUGAUGGCACUACAUGGCAGCCUGCUUUCUACUUGGCUAAAGACUGUGAAAAAGCUUUUCCUGGCAUCCCCACAAGGACACCUCUAAGACUGGACCAAAGCUACUGCUACACACUGCCCCCUACUGGAGUCAACCCGUACCAGGAUCACAUAAUCCAGUUCAGUCCUUUGCGUCUGUAUGCUUACGCCCCAGCUACCAAAAGCCAAAAAAUUGAAGAUGCUACUCCGUUAAGGGGGCUGAGGGUGAGGAUGACGGAGCUCGGUGACGUGCCACGUCCACCGGGCAGAGCUCUCAGUAGGUUUUACGCCCUGAAGGAGAUGAGGGUGAUGGGCAGCUGUUUGUGCCAUGGACAUGCCAACCGAUGCCUGCCAGAAGCCAACAACAACAGCCCGCAGUACAACAACAUACAGAUGAGUCCUCAGUGUGACUGCCAGCAUAACACAGCAGGUGUGCACUGUGAGCGUUGUGCCGAACACUACGAUGAUGUGCCCUGGAGACCUGCGGUGGAGGGCAACACUCACGCCUGCAAACGUUGUGAUUGUAACAACCACGCCCAGCGCUGUCGAUUUGACCAGGCGGUGUACGAGGCCAGCGGGCAGAGGAGUGGAGGUGUGUGUGAGAACUGUUUGCACCACACCACGGGGCCAAAGUGUGACCAGUGUGCCCAGGGAUACCAGCCAAACCCUAACAGCCGAAUGGACCGUUCUGACGCCUGCAUACGCUGUAUCUGCAGCGCUGAGGGGACAGUGAACGAGGGCCGAUGUGAUGACAUCACAGGCUCUUGUCGGUGUAAAGUGAACGUCAAGGGUCCUCGCUGUGACCGCUGUAAGACAGGCCAUUACGACCUGAGCGCCUCCAACCCUCUGGGCUGCUCCAAGUGUUCCUGUUCUCCAGACGGGUCACUGUCAGAUGACUGUGAUCUGUUAACCGGCCAGUGUCCCUGUCGUCCCCACUUCCACGGCCGGACCUGUGACGUGUGUUCAAAAGGCUACUGGAAACCAGCCCUGACAGGACGCUGCCAACCCUGCAGCUGUGACCCCACCAGGUCAUACAGUGACACUUGUAACCAGUCGACAGGUCAGUGUGAGUGCAGACCAGGCUUUGGAGGCCGAUCAUGCACCGAGUGCCCAGAGAACGCAUACGGAAACCCUCUCAUAGGCUGCACAUCGUGUCGUUGUGAUGCCGAAGGAACACUUCCAGAUGUUUGCGAUAAGCAGACAGGAGCCUGUUUGUGUCGGCCGGGCGUCACCGGAACUCGCUGCGACUCCUGCGGUCGAGGACACUGCGACACUUUCCCCGGCUGCGAGACGUGUCCCUCCUGCUUCUUCACCCUGGACGCACAGAGGCAGAACCUCAGCUUAGCUCUGAACAGACUGUCUCCCCGCGUACCUACUCGCCCCGGAGGUGCUGGUGGUGAUCUUGGAAACUUUGGACCUCGCGUUCGCGUCCUGGAGGACAACCUGAAGCAGAUCCAGGACUCCAUCUCCCUUCCACCGAGUAGUGCCGGAGAGGUCGAUGAUGCUCUGUCCCAACUGGACAAGCUCAGGGACCAGGUGAACAAGCUUGACAAUGACUUUCCACCCCUGGUAAGAACUCCUGGUCUGGACUCAGAGCUGGACAAACUGCAGACGCUGCUGGACAGCCUCACUCUGGUGUACAAAGUCAAGAAAGAUGCAAAGGUCAACUCCACCAGUCCAAGCAGUGCAGGAGAACUUUCUGAAAUCAAGGAAGCCUACAAUGAGUCUAAAGAUGCAGCUAAGAAAGUGGAUGCCAGUAAAAAGCCGUUGAAGGAGUCAGCUGACAACAGAGAAGAGACUAAGGACCUUCAGAACCAAGUUCAGCCAGCCAACACCAGAGACCUGGACAAACUGAACCAGAACAUGUCCUCCCGACCUGACCUCACUCCCAUUGCCAAACAGGUAUGCGGCAGUGUUCGCUCAAAGCCCUGCACGCCUCUCCAGUGUGAGGGUGGAGACUUGUGUCCACCGGCCGGAACCCCGCCUUGUAAAAAGGGUGAAAAGUGUGUGGGCGCCCUCCCUCUGAGCAAGAGGGCCGACGCUGAUGUUAAGGAUGUGAAAGACCGACUGGACGAGCUCACUGGGAAGAUCACAGACGCUGCAGAGGAGCUCCAGGAAACACAGGAUGCAACCAAUCGGGUGAGACAGUCUGCAGAUAAGCUGAACAUUAAGAUGAAGCAGGCCAGAGACGGGAUAGAAGACAACCUGAAAGAGACACGUGACGUUGUGAAAGAGCUGAAAGAUUUCCUGUCAGACCCGUCCUCCAACCUGACACAGGUCCAGGAGGUGAGCGACUGGAUCCUGAACGCCAAACUGCCUCUCAAACCGGAUGAUCUAAAGAAGAAGCUGGAGGAGCUGAAGAAUCUGGCGGCCAAUCUACCAGAUAGCGCGGCAGUGUUGGACGAGGCCAAGCCGCAGCUGGACAAGGCCAAGAAAUUGCUGGAGGACGCUCAGGACGCCAGGAAUGAAGCAGUGGAGGUGAAGGACGACGUGGACGAAUUGCUGAGAAGCUUCGGCCCGACUGAGGACCGCCUCUCUGACCUAGAGGACAAACUGGAGAACACUAUGGAUCUCAUUGAAAACCUGAACAACAACCUGACUAAGGCCAACGACCAGCUGAGCCCAGCUGAGAAGGCUCUGAAUGACGUAUUGACACUGAUGACGCCAGUGAAGCCUCAACUGGACGAGCUCAAAGACCUGCUGCAGAGCGGAGACCAGCGGGCCCAGGACGCACAGGAAGAUGCAGGCGAAGCUAAGGACCAAGCAGAUGCUGCUGAUAAGGACCUGACGACUGUGGAGGAGCAGCUGAAACGUCUUAAAGACGAGGUUCCAGCCCUUGGAGAUGGUGGAGAUACGGGGACCGCGGGGGAGCGACUGGCAAAGCUGAAGGAGAAUGCUGGAAUUCUGACCAACACCACUGAAAACAUGAUGAACGCUCUGGAAGGUAAAGCGGAUUCCAUCCAGUCGCUGCAGGACGAGAUCCUUCAGUCGUCAACAAAGCUUGAAGGGUUCGAUGUGAAGCUUAAAGACCUUUUGGAUCAACUUAUAAAGAAAGCCAACGACCAUAGCACCUGCCAGGGCUGAGAGUCCCCAAGCUGCCCUCAAGAGCAGAGCAGCAUCUGCUACUGUAGCUUUCAUUUACCCAUCAUAAACCCCAAAAUGUAUGUAAAUAACCAAUAUUAUGACAUCAUAUAUGUACAUAUCAAUAUUUGGUCAGAAACAUUCUGAUAUUGUGAGAAUCAUUUAGCAUUUUAUCGAGCAAAAGAGCACAGCUUCUGACUUUCUGAUGGCAAAGAGCCAACACUAACUAUUAUUUGUCAGCAGUGAUACACUCCACUGCAUUGUACCACAAUUAUUGUAUUUUUCAGAACUGAAAAAUGGUGAAUGUUACAUUAUUUAUUUUCUGUUUUUUGCAUCUGUUGUUUGUGCAGAAUCCACAUUAUUUAAAUAAAAAGCCUUUUAAUACUCUGAUGUAUGUAUUCAGCUUCAUGGGAGAGGCCAACAUGGUACUGCAGCUAUCUAUUCAACACGACAACCCCGAAGACUAGUUAUUACAUACUUAUUACGAAAAAAAAAAUAAAAAUACAAUUCACAAUCCUCCAUGACAUCAAUCGUGUUGACGGCAUAUUUACACCAGCUUGUGGCACUUAAUGAGUUCAGCAGUUCCUGUACAUAUCUUGACCUCAAAAAAAAAAAAAAAUAAUAAUCUCAUAAU